AUGAAGACUUCUCCAGUAUGUUUUGGUGCGAGAGACAACACGUUUGGCAGUUUUGUUGUUCCAUCUAGUGGAAAUCUGGUAUCAGUAAAACUGGUCCACGUGUAUGGUUAUGUGACAUGCGAUAAAAGAAAUCUCGCCAUUGGUCCUUUUGGGGCUGUGGCCACUACCCUAAAGAUGUAAACGUUGUAAUAACAACCUCGUUUGAUAAAAUUCUUUUAGCGUCAAACGAGUUCUUCUCUGGAUUGGUGCUCAGGCGCUUUCUCCAGAGCUGGUGCUGUCGUCUGUCUCCAAUCCUCCAAACGUGGCUGGAGGACAGAAGCUCCGUUUGUGGUACGGCCAAGAUUUGGCGAAUAGCCUUGAAGGCAACAAUGGAGGAACAUCGUGCUGCGAUGUUUAA